AUGCUUCAAUUCUUGAAAAGAUUUAACAUUUUGAAGAAUUCGGCUACUGUUAGCUUUCUUCUCCUUCCUGCGCUUGCAAUCGCGGGAAAUCGAUCAGUGCAUAACCAGGAAAGGAACAUGUCGUCCCUACUCUCGCCAAAGCUGGCUCCUUCAUGGGACUUUGCUGCUGAUGAGAUUGUAUCUUUGGCUCAGAAGGCAAUUGAUGAAGGUACCAAAUUUUAUGACUCCGUGGCAAGUUUGGAGACUCCAGACUUAGAAAACUUUGUGGUGGCGGUUAUCGACCAUGAAGAUGAAACUGACGGUUACAUGUCUCAGUUAACGUUUUUGCAACACGUAUCUGCUGAUAAGGAGGUUAGAGAUGCUAGCAUUGAAGCUACAAAAUUGAUUCAGGAGUGGGGCAUUGAAACUUCUUCGAGAUAUGACUUAUAUUCACAGUUUAGCAAGGUCUGGGAACAAUAUAAGGAUGAUGAAAAUUUGAAGAAGAAUGAUCCGGAGCUAUAUUGGUACAUGGAAAAUGUAAACAAGGAUUAUAUUCAUGCUGGUAUGGGUUUGCCUGAGGAAAGCAGAAAUAAGAUUAAAGAAAUCAAAAAAAAGUUAGCGAAUAACUCUUUGGCAUUCAGUAAUAAUUUAGGUGAGCAGAAUGAUUACAUCGCUUUUACUAAGGAUGAAUUGGUUGGUGUAUCUGAGACUACUUUGGGGCAAUUUGAAAAAGUCAUUGAGGAUGGUGUUGAAAAGUAUAAGAUGACCUUCAAAUAUCCAGAUAUCCAUCCUGUUUUAAAUACUGCCAAAAAUCCAGAAACUAGAAAACGGGCAUAUAUUGGCGAUCAAAAUAAGGUCCCUCAAAAUGAACAGAUUUUGAUUGAAACAUUGAAGCUGAGAAAUGAGCUUGCUGAGAUCCAUGGUCACCCUACGUAUGCUAGUUAUCAGCUAGAGAUGAAAAUGGCUAAGAAACAGGAAACUGUUUUUAAUUUUUUGUACGAUUUGAAGGAUAAGUUACUACCAGGAGGUAAAAAGGAUCUUGAAAACUUGAAAUCCUUGAAAGAACAGGAAUAUAAAGAGCUAGGGCUUCCUUACAAUGGUAGCUUUAAUAGCUGGGAUUACCGGUAUUACGAUGACAAGUAUUUGAAGGAAAACUUUGAUGUUGAUGAAGAAGAACUUGCUAAGUAUUUCCCUUUGCAGCACACUAUUGACGGGAUGCUAAACAUCUAUCAGAAGCUUUUCAACUUGAAGUUUGUUGAGGAAACGAGGGAAUGCGGGAAGAACGUGUGGCAUGAAGAUGUGAAACAAUUCGCUGUUUGGGAUCUUGACAAAUGCAACCCCGAGUUUGUUGGCUGGAUUUACUUUGAUCUUCACCCAAGGGAGGGCAAAUAUGGACAUGCUGCUAACUUUGGUUUGUACUCUCCAUAUGUAACGGAAGAAGGAACUCGCCAUUAUCCUGUUACGGUUUUGGUUUGUAACUUCUCCAAACCAUCCAGCACGAGGCCAGCGUUAUUGAAGCAUGGCGAGGUCGUGACCUUUUUCCAUGAAUUGGGCCAUGGUAUUCAUGCUCUAGUGGGAAAAUCUCGAAUUGGACACCUAAACGGUCCAAGUUCUAUCCCUUGGGACUUCGUUGAGGCUCCUUCUCAAAUGUUGGAGUUUUGGCCUUGGAACAAAGAUCAAAUUUUGAAAUUAUCCAAACAUUAUGAGACAGGUGAGCAGAUUCCAGAUGAACUCGUGGAUUCCUUAAUUAAAACUAAGCACGUGAAUGCUGGUUUGUCCAACCUCAGACAACUUCAUUUCUCACUUUUUGAUAUGACUGUUCAUACUGACAAGGAAUUGGAUAAGUUAGAUAUUAAAAGCUUGUGGAAUAAUUUAAGGGAAGAGGUUACUCUCAUAUCCAAUGGUGAUGUUCUGACUAAAGGCUACGAUUCUUUUUCUCAUAUUAUGAGCGGUUACUCUGCAGGAUAUUACGGUUAUAUGUGGUCAGAAGUGUUUGCUGCUGAUAUGUAUCAUACCAUGUUUGCUCCAAAUCCUUUAGACACGAGUGUUGGUACACGGUACAGGGAUAUUAUACUAGCAAAAGGUGGUUUACGUGACAUAGAGGAUAGCUUAGAAGAAUUCCUAGGAAGAGAACCUAACAAUAAGGCGUUCCUGAAGGAACUAGGUUUGUAA